CGCCCACAUUCCCCUCCUCAUUCAGCUCUGGAAGUUUACAGGAAGGCUGGGCUUUAGGGCGAGGCAACAUAUAUCAGAAUCAAGGUGAAUUGAUUCAUCUCAGACACACAAGAAACGUCUUCACUUCUGCUGAACACUCUCGCUUGUGAAAAUGGAGCCUUUGACUGCAGCAAACACCCAGUUCUCUCUAAACCUGUUCAAGAAGAUCAGUGGAGAAAACGCAUCAGGAAAUGUGUUCUACUCUCCAAUCAGCAUCUCUUCAGCUCUGGCCAUGGUGUCGCUCGGAGCAAAAGAAAACACAGCAGCACAGAUGUUUAAGGUCUUGGGCUUUACCAAUCCUCCCAAACCCGACGCAGCGACUCCAGCAUCUCAUCAACAAGCCCAGAAGCCCCAGAUGCCCUGCGGUGUCAAAGGUCAGCAUGGACCGUCAAUGACACAACAAACUCAGAAGUCUGAGAUUCCUGCCGAACUCAAGAAAUCUCCUGCUCCACCAACACCUGGACAAAAAACUGAGGACCAAAUUCAUUCCAGCUUCAACAAGCUCAUGAGUGAACUGAAGAAACCAGGAGCCCCGUAUGUGUUGAGUCUCGCCAACCGUCUCUACGGAGAACAAUCCUACCAGUUUGUUGAGAAAUUCCUCAAUGAUGCAAAAAAAUACUAUGAAGCCGGACUGGAGAAAGUGGAUUUCAAGAAGAAAUCAGAGCCUGCGCGAGUCGACAUCAACAAAUGGGUGGAGAAAAACACUCAAGGAAAGAUCAAGGACUUGCUCCCACUGGGAUCCAUCGAUGCAUUGACGAAACUGGUCUUGGUGAAUGCCAUCUACUUCAAGGGGAACUGGGAGAAGAAAUUCCCAAAGGAAGCUACCAGUGAUGAACAGUUUAGGCUGAACAAAACUCAGACUAAACCAGUGAAGAUGAUGUAUCAGAAGGCCGGGUUUCCUCUGGCCUUCAUCCCAGAGAUGAACAGUCAGGUUCUGGAGCUGCCGUAUGUCGGGAAGAAUCUCAGUAUGUUGAUCAUCCUUCCUGAUGAGAUUCAAGAUGAAACCACUGGCCUUCAGAAGCUUGAAAAGGCACUGACUUAUGAGAAGCUCAUGGAGUGGACGAGACCUGAAGUCAUGCGUCAACAGGAAGUUGAAGUAUCUCUGCCCAGAUUCAAGAUGGAGGAAACCUAUGACAUGAAGAGUCUUCUGCGCAGCAUGGGAAUGGAGGAUGUUUUUUCACUGCAGAAGGUGAAUCUUUCAGGCAUGUCACCCAACAAUGACCUGGUGGUGUCGAAGGUGAUUCAUAAAGCCUUCGUUGAAGUAAACGAGGAAGGAACCGAAGCGGCUGCAGCCACCGGCGUCGUCGUGAUGACCCGAUGUCUGAGGAUCUCGCAGGUCUUUAACGCAGAUCAUCCGUUCCUCUUCUUCAUCCGACACAAUCCAACCAAGAGCAUUCUUUUCUACGGACGUUUCUGCUCUUCGUGAGCGAAUCCUGCGCUGAGAGACCCGUCCAGCUAGUUUAGUUGGUUUAUCUGGUUAGAAUGCAUAGGGAAGACUCAGGACAACUACAAAAAACUGUCAUCUUUUAGUAUAACAAACAUUUGUAGAAACAUUUAUAUGUGCCAAUGGUAUCAGACUUAAAACUUAAAUUAAAUUAAUAGUAUUAAACUUUUUAAAAUGAUAUGUGGUACUGUAAUGGCUAUGGUUCAGCCUCAGGUAAGACCUGCAUUAUAAUUAUUUAAACUGCAUGAAAUCCUUUGUACUGAUCAUUUUAGAUCAGGGUUAUUAUUGGUAACUAAAAUUCUAUUUGAAAUUAAAAAAAAAUGUAAUAUAAAACUUAUUUUAGCUAGUGCCAAGGCUACAUUUCUCAUUUUUGUACUAAAAUAGUACUAAAAUAGCUAAACUAAAUAAUCUAAAACUUAUUAAUAAAAAUAAAAAAAAAUAAACAUGAAAUGACAAAAGCACAAAUUUAUUAAAACUUAAAACUAAAUUAUAAAAAAAAAAAAUUCAAAAUGAAUGAAAACUGAAAAUAUAAAAAUAUUUAUAAUAAAAUAUAAAUUAUACUAAAAUAGCAUUUCAAUUGAGCAUUACAGUUUUUUGCUGUAAUCACCCCAAGCCUAAACUUUUAACUUUUUACAUUUAUGAUAAAUGUUAUGACUCUUGACAUGUUUAAAAUUGAAGAUAUUAAAUGCAUUACAGUUGUCCUGGUCUUAUCUAUGGUUGAUAGUUCAGAUGUUGUGGUUUUUGAUGGCUCUCUGCAUGUCAUAUGUAAUCAUAAGCAUCAAUACACUUUAAGCACUUGUUGUUUCCUGCACUAAAUAAAGCUUGAAUGAGUUGAA